AUGGCGCGCGGCUACGCCAAGGUGGGCCGCUUCGACAAGACGGUGGAGACGCUCCACCUGCUGCGCGACAGAAACUGGGUGCCGGACGCCGCCACCGCGCUGUCGCUGUCGAGCGCAUUCCUCAAGGCCGGUCUCCACGAGCAGGCGCAGCAGAUCGUGCAGUGGAGGCGGCAGUACGCCAAGCACGCGGGGGAGGAGGCGCCGACCGCGGCGGAUAUUUAG